AAUGGGGAGGAGGUCCAACCCAUCCAAACAGGAUCACCUGUCCAAACAGGAUCGAAUUUCAACAAUGUCCUUAGACAAUCGCGGACGUGGGUUGUGAAAAAGAAUCCAAAAUUUUUUUGGAGGGAUAAGGAGGCCGUCAUAGCCACAGUGACGAAGACAAGGAUAGAGAUGGAACAGGGUAGAACCCUGCAGGGCAACCUGGAGGCCCUGCUUAAGGUGACCUCUGAUCUAGCAGCAGAGCUCACCAAAAAAAUGGAGGUUUUGGAAAAACUUGAGAAAGGUGCCACUGAAGUUGAAAACAGACUUCAGGAGUAUGAGGAGGUAAUAAAGGGACAUAUUAUAACUCACACGUUGUGUUUAAACCUUGUACUGGAAACACUAAAACAUGGAUACUGGCAAAUAACUCGGCCAAUAUGGAAACUAACAGUGACAGAGAAACAAAUGACAAUGUUGCCAUUUGUCAGUAAGGAGGGGCUAAGCAAAUACACAACGCCUCUACAGAUUGACCAAACAGAGAAGCAACAAAGUACAACAAUCAAAUGUCUGAGACGACAGCUUAAGACAGCAAAAAGGUCAAUCUUCGUAUCAAGUGUCAAGGCCACUGCCAGUGGGGUAAAAAGAAAGAGGUUGCAUCAAAAACAGCAACGCGCACAGCCCCAGCCCAAGCCCCAGGCCCAGUAGAAAUGGAAGAAACACCAUUGACUGAAACAACAAAUGAAGAGGACCAAGCAGGAUCACCUGUUCGAACAGGAUCGAUCCAGCUCCUGAGGCCCAGGCCCACAGAGACAGGAGCCAGACAGUCGAGGCUGCCGACAUCACUUGGAGACUCGACGACUUUGAAGUCCACAUAGAUCCGGAUUUGAAGUCCACACAGAACAGGAUUUUGAAGUCCACACAGAGCAGGAUUUUGAAGUAUACAUAGAGCAGGAUUUUGAUCCACACAGAGCCCGAGAAUGAAUGACAGGAUAAGUAAUGCUCACAAUAUCCUAAAAGAAAACACAAAGUGGGUGAACCAAGAUCUCCCAAUCAAAGAAUUUUAUUGGAAUGAAAGAGGCUGGCGAGCGGCUCUAUAUUGAGCAGUUUAACCCAGACCAGGGUAUGAGAUAUGCUGUAAAAAUCCGCCUGGCACCCCUUGUCACAUGUCAAGGUCAUAUUUGGAGGUCAUUAUAUAUUGGACAUUAUGAACAUCAUUGCAAAAAUGGAGAUGCAACAGGGUAGAGUCCUCCAGGGCAAUUUAGAGUUGCUGCUUCAUGUUACAUCAGAUCUGGUUACUGAAGAAGCCAAAAAAUGGCGGAGAUAGCAAAACUUUUAUCUGUUCAAAGCGAGGAAGGAGCCCCGAAAGAUGCAAAUAAUUACCUUUAUCGAGCUGGAGCCGGAAGCAACUAUUUAGGCGCCAAUUAAACACAGUCUCCGAGUUCAUUCUGGAGUAUACGGUUACGUUAAGCAAUGUUAGAUGUCUGUCAACAAUCCCAGACGGUUACAUAUUUGACAAUAGACGACAGUGGGUCUCAAAUAACUGGUACUGUUAAAUAUCAUUCUCAGAAAUAGGAAAUUAAUGUAGGUGGAUACAAAGGUGUCAACGGUUGACGUUCAUAAACCUUUAGUUGCGUAUAUACUAUAAAAAGUUCCAACCAUAUUAAAUAAUCAGGAUUAAAUCUAGCGGAUAUUCAUAUCAACAUGACGUGAUUUAUAGUUUUUCCCCCUAGAAUAUAUUGACUUAACUAUUAAACCAUCUACGCGACAUCCGUCCGACUAUUGUAUUUUAUUUUAGAAUCAAUAUAUGUUUUUUUAUCGUUUUAAAAGUUUGCCUUUCCCUGUUCUUGUUUAAAUUACCGUCAAUGAACAGCAGUAGUAACCAACAAUAAAUCGUUGUUUUUACCGUUCAUGGACAAUUUUAGUAACCGUUUAGGGAGAGUUUAAGUAACAGCCAGUGGAGAGUUGAGGUUACCUUCAGUGCACAGUUGAAGUAACCGUCAGUGGACAGUUGAACUUACCGUCAGUGGACAGUUGAAGAAACCUUCAGUGGACAGUUGUUGUUAUCGUCAGUGGACAGUUGAAGUAACCGUCAGUGGACAGUUGAACUUACCGUCAGUGGACAGUUGAAGUAACCGUCAGUGGACAGUUGUUGUUACCGUCAGUGGACAGUUGAAGAAACCUUCAGUGGACAGUUGUUGUUAUCGUCAGUGGACAGUUGAAGUAACCGUCAGUGGACAGUUGAACUUACCGUCAGUGGACAGUUGAAGUAACCGUCAGUGGACAGUUGUUGUUACCUCAGUGGACAGUUGUAGUAACCGUCAGUGGACAGUUGAACUUACCUUCAGUGGACAGUUGAAGUAACCGUCAGUGGACAGUUGAAGUAACCGUCAGUGGACAGUUGAAGUAACCUUCAAUGGAUAGUUGUUGUUACCGUCAAUGGUCAAGUUUAGUUAACGUCAAUGGAAACAUUUAGUUACCGUCAAUAAAGAGUUUUAGUUACCGUCAAUAAACAGUUUUGGUUACCGUCAAUAAACAGUUUUAGUAACCGUCAAUAAACAGUUUUAGGAACCGUCAAUGAACAGUCAAAGUAACCGUCAAUGAACAAUUUAGUAACCGUCCAUGGACAUUUUAGUUACCGUCAUCUAACAGUUAAUCCAAAUAAGACUGCUGUUUUAUACUGUUUACGUUUUUUCUGUUCAUGAAAGAUCUUUUUUACAGUAUUAUAUAAUUCCGUGUGCACUAAUAAGUACACUUUUUAAU